GCGGAAGUUAGGGUUCGUUUCCGGGCGGCUGAUUCGAGGACUUGUUUUGUCACAAGUGGAGACUCUGAAAAGCUCCCUUAGGUGGACCAUGCCGUCUGAGGGUCGCUGCUGGGAGACUCUGCAGGCGCUGCGCAGUUCUGAGAAAGGUCGACUCUGCUACCACCGCGACUGGCUGCUGCGGGGCGAGGAUGUCUUGGAAGAAUGUAUGUCUCUUCCCAAGCUGUCUUCGUACUCCGGCUGGGUGGUAGACCAUGUCUUACCUCACACACAAGAGAACCCACCUUCUUCUGAGACCUCAGCAUCCUCUAGAUCCGCCUCCGCCCUCGACCAAACUUCAUGUGUUCCUGGAUCGCCUGUCAGAACCCCUGCCUGCUCACCAUCCUCCUCAGCAACUCCAGAUGGACCCGAGGGCAAACAUGAGUCCCGGCAUACAGAACCUAUGGUACUUCAGUCCUCCCGGGGGAUCCAGGUGGAAGGCUGCAUCCGAAUGUAUGAGCUGGUACACAGGAUGAGAGGGGCGGAGGGCCUGAGGCAGUGGCAAGAGGAGCAGGAGAGGAAGGUGCGAGCCCUCUCCGAAAUGGCAUGUGAACAGCUAAAGCGCUUUGAUGAGCGGAAGGAGCUACAACAUCAUAAGGAGCUCCGGGACUUCCGGGAAGUGAUGGAGAAGAGCUCCAGAGAGGCCCUGGGCCACCAAGAGAAGCUGAAAGCUGAGCAUCGUCACAGAGCGAAGAUUCUCAACCUGAAGCUGCGGGAGGCCGAGCAGCAGCGGCUGAAGCAGGCGGAGCAGGAGCGGCUGCGGAAGGAAGAAGGCCAGGCCCGCCUGCGGAGCCUCUACGCCCUGCAGGAGGAGGUGCUGCACCUCAACCAGCAGCUGGACGCCUCCGAGGCCCAGCCGCACGGAGACCUGCUAAAGCUCGACCCGGCUGCCCUCCGGACCCGAGGGAACCAGCUGUGUAGCCUUGUCUCGGGGAUCAUUCGGGCCACGUCUGAGAACGGCUUUCCCACAGCAGAGGACCAGGCUGUGGCGGAGAGAGCCCUGCAGGAAAUGCGGGACCUCCUGACAAGCUUGCAGCAGGAGAUCACCAGGGCCCGUGAGGACAAGAGGAGGCAGGAUGAGGAGGCGGCCCGAGAAAAGCGGCAGGAGUCAAAAAUGCAGCAGGGCCCGGAGGUCCCCAGAGAGGCCCCAGCUCCCAGCCAGGGCCCAGGAGGGAAACAGAAUGAAGACCUCCAGGUGAAGGUACAGGACAGUACAAUGCAGUGGUACCAGCAGCUGCAGGAUGCUUCUAGUCAGUGCGUGUUGGCCUUUGAGGAACUGACCAACAGCAAAGAUAGUCAGGUCAAAAAGAUAAAGAUGGACCUCCAGAAGGCUGCCACCAUCCCAGUGAGCCAAAUCUCCACCAUUGCAGGCUCAAAGCUGAAGGAGAUCUUCGACAAGAUCCACAGCCUGCUCUCUGGAAAACCCGUUCAGUGUGGCGGGCACUCCGUGUCCGUCACCCUGAACCCACAGGGCCUGGACUUCGUGCAGUACAAGCUGGCAGAGAAAUUCGUGAAACAAGGAGAGGAGGAGGUGGCCUCUCACCACGAGGCAGCAUUCCCCAUCGCGGUCGUGGCGUCGGGAAUCUGGGAGCUCCACCCCAGAGUGGGAGACCUCAUUCUCGCUCACCUCCACAGGAAGUGCCCCUACUCUGUUCCCUUCUACCCGGCUUUCAAGGAGGGAAUGGCAUUGGAAGACUAUCAGAGGAUGCUCGGCUACCAAGUGAAGGACUCCAAAGUGGAACAGCAGGACAACUUUCUAAAGCGCAUGUCUGGGAUGAUCCGACUCUACGCCGCCAUCAUCCAGCUCCGGUGGCCGUACGGGAGCCGGCAGGAGAUUCAUCCUCAUGGUUUAAGUCAUGGCUGGCGCUGGUUGGCACAAAUCUUAAAUAUGGAACCCCUGUCAGAUGUGACAGCCACCCUCCUCUUUGACUUCUUGGAGGUGUGUGGGAAUGCCCUCAUGAAGCAGUACCAGGUGCAGUUCUGGAAGGUGAUACUUCUCAUCAAAGAAGACUACUUCCCCAGGAUUGAAGCUGUCACAAGCUCAGGACAGAUGGGUUCCUUCAUACGCCUCAAGCAGUUCUUAGAGAACUCUGCUUUGUGGUCCGUGAGUCCCCCUUCACCUCAAGGGGCGGCACUUCAUCAUCUUCUCCUGUGCCGCCGUCCAUGCUGCCUGAGGGGAAGUUGCCUUAGGGAUGAAUAAAAUGUCCCAAGUGAGUCUGGCAUCACUAAUACAUUUCUUGCUUGCUGGCUGAGGCUCCUUCCUCAGUCUCCGUUCUGGGGAACUGGGAAAUUUGCUCCCUCUUCUCCGUGAGAACAAACCACACUUUCGGCCAGUCUCCUCCCUUUUCCUCCCAUUUGCUGGAAACCAGAGGCUCAGUGUGACCAACAGCCUGGAAGCCUGUGGUAGGUCUGCCGGGACGGCCCCCUGACUUGCACUUUCCCAUAGCCUGAGUGGGCAGAAGGCAGGUGAGAAGGAUGAGGCAGGGCUGCGGGGGACCGGGUGGUGCGGCGGAACCGGCAGCCUGGCCUUGGGCCCCUGCUGCGGUUCACACGGAGGCAGAAGGCUCCUGCCUGGUGUUGGUUUCACUCCUCCCGCUGCUGACCGCUGUUCGGACGACUUAAGCUUGCUGUCCCUCAAAGCUGCUUCCAAAUGCUCGAUGUCGGGAGGAGCGUACCCAGAAAAUCACUGUUUUCUCCCUCUUUUCCUGACCAGAAAUGUUUGCAGCGCAAGGAGAUUCCAGUCCCCAAGGGCUUUCUGACUUCCUCCUUCUGGCGUUCCUGACGGCCGUCUGUCGCCUGCCCACCAUCACCGUUUUGUUUGAGAGGGACAAUAAUAAAGCAACUGAAAACAGCUGUAUUUGGGAGAAGUCAUGUCAGAUUUAGAAAUCCACCAAUAUAUUUGUACCUGGCGCCUCGGAGAGGAGACUUCAGGGUUCCCUAAAUCUCGGGGGUCUCUUCAAAGGGUCUCUUCAAAGGCUGAAUGCUCUUUAAGGGGUCCCCAACGCCAUGGCAUUGGCGUUUCUCAUUUCUGAAGUGUGGGGAGGAGCAGUUUAGUACUUGGUUUGAUGGUUCAUCCCCUUUGUGUCUGGUGUCUUUCAGGAAGUCUGUAGUCCCUUCACCAUUUCCCUCUGAGCCCGCCCCUUCCGCUGCACCCGCCCCCGCCCCAAGUCCUGCUGUUCCUGGUCAGAGUAUGGUUAAUGGUGGAGGCCCACAUUCUCGCAUGCAGCUCCCGGUGUGGUGGUUGUGCCUUUCUCAGCUUGUGAAGUCGUUAUAAAUUCAGAGGAAAUGCCUGUAGAUGAAGAUUAAGUCCCAAAUUGUAUCAAAUAGUUUAGCAUCUGGGACUAGGACCGUUGAUACAUGUUACGUUGAAAAGGACACACUGUUGGUCCUUUUAAUUUGGAGUUUGGGCCCUGUAUGGCCAGGGACGCAUGAGUCAAGGAUGGUGGGGGGGGGGGGCUUUUUGUUUUUGAAUUUGGAUGAAGACAGGCCGAGAUGGGCCUGCAACAUUACACCUGAGCCCAGCAUCUACGAGCAGUGACUCGGGGGUUAAAUAAAAUAAAGGUGUUUGAGAGAACUUAGGAACUGCUUUAGAAUUGUUGACAUGUCCUGAGUAAAGAGCAAUAAUAGAUUCGCCUGACUAAAGCCACUACAGAAAUUCAGAGCUUGGCUGUUCAGAAAAGAAUUGAGGUUUUUUUCAGGAGAGACUCACCGUCUUUUUUACAACACGCAGCAGCUAUGGAUCUACUCUGUACUACGUGUCAUCUGCGGGGAGGUGUUCUGGGGGGCAGGGGGAUCCCCUGGUACUCUUGAGUGGCUUGAAGUGACACAUUCUGUGAAUCGUUGACUCUGGUGCCAAAAAAAACAAGGAAUAAAGCUUGAUUUUUAAAAACCCA